AUAAUAAUAAUAAUAAAAAAAUGAGUUUUAGUGAUAUUGAAGAAAAAGAAUUAACAGAAUUGUUUGAUUUGAAUGGAUGUGUUGAAUGGAUUGAAGAAAACAAUUAUUUGAGGACUUGUUUGCAAUUUUCUUCAGAUGUUCUUCAAUACAGUUCGACAAUUGCUUUAAUUCUGAAGAAACGAACACAAAGUGAUUAUUGUAUAUCAUAUUCAAUGAUGUGUUGUGUAGACUAUCUAUCGGUCAAACAUCUGAACCAAUAUUCUGUUGAUUGCAUCAUAUAUUUCGGUAACGUUUGUCUCACAACAUCACAAUUGACUGAUUCACUACCAGUUUUGUAUGUUUUCACUAAAAAUGUAAAGACCGAAUCAUUGGACUUCAUUGAGUCAGCGAUUGUCGAAAUAGAUCCAAUAAAUUGUUUAUUUCUUUACACUACAAACAAUGCAUUUCUUGCAAUGCAAGUAAUUGAGAGAUUUGAAAGCAAUGAUAAAAUGAAGACAAUUGUAUCGUUAGCUAAACUUAACAAACAAUCAGACAAAUGGUAUUUUACAGAUAGUGUCAAAUCAGUUAUUGAUAGUAAAGAUGACAAAACAAGUGAUACAAAGUUAGGUCCUUUCAAAAUUACAAACGAUAUUUCAAGCUAUGAUUUAGUCAUAUAUUUAGGACAAUGCAAUUCACUUGAAUUAAUAUUAAAUUGUAGUAAAUUACUAGAAAUAGAUGUCAAUAAUAGUACAAAACGAUUAAUAAAUGGAUCGAAAGAGUUAGGAAAAAGAGUGGCUUUAAUUGAAAAGUUUAAACAAAAAUCUUGUCAUUUAAUUGGAUUUCUUAUCACAAAUCCUUUGCCUAAUGUCAAUGAAAUAUGUUGUCAAAGCAAGAAAUUAAGCAAACGUUUGCAUAAAAAAUUAUAUUAUAUAUCACUUAUACAAGCCAUCGAUGAAUAUAAAUUAGGAAACUUUGGUGAACUCAAUGGUUUUGUUGUCAUCAACUCAUGCUAUUGUUCAACAGCUCUCAAUUCAAUUGACUAUUAUCUGCCAGUUUUGAAUUGGACUGAAUAUCAAAUCGCUUGCGGAGUUACCAAACAUUAUGGAGGAGUCCUCUGGAAUGACAACUUAGAUGACACUUCAGAACCAAUCAGUGAUCAUUCAGACAUAGAUGAGGCAUCAGUUGAUGACUUGAAUAAAAGACUUAUUGAGACACAAGUAUUUGAGACAAACAAAUGGUUUGGACUUCAAGUCAAUGCCGGCGACAGAGAGGCCGCAGUCAUUAAAAGUGGACAAAAAGGAAUCGCUUCUGAAUAUGAAAAUGAAAAUAUUUUAUGA